AUGGACUUCAUUUCACGGACACGCAGACAGACUCGAAACGCAUCCAAAACAACUUACUAAAUGACCAGUGGUUGGAGCUCAGCACUGAUCCAUCUACGAGCACUAUGAGUAAAUGAAAACAAGCUGCCUUUAAUCCAGAAAGGAUUCCUCCUCUCUUCGCUAAGAGUCUACUAACCGUGUGUAAGGACCAUUGGGAGUACGAGAAUCAAGUCAAGGACACAUUCACUCCCCCUCAGCCUGCAGGAAGAUGGGAGUGAGAAAAUAAAGCUCUGUGGAGUCGAGAGGAGCUUAAUUAAUUCUAAGGAACCUUUAAAACAAACAGCAUUCAUUUGUGUAUGUUUGUGUGAGAGGAUCAGACAACCAUGUGGACAUUCGCUGCAACUGUCCACUGUCUUCUGGCUUCUACCCUGCUAUUAGCCAGCUGCCUCCAAUCAGUGAUUGCAACUGAGGAUGAUGUCACACCGCGCAUCAGUUUCCAUUACAAUGCAAAGGAGAGAUCAGCCAAGAGAUUCUCUGUGGACGGCGUCUUCAAUUACACCUCUCUGCUUCUCAGCCAGGAGGACGACAUGCUGUAUGUUGGAGCAAGGGAAGCACUCUUUGCCCUCAGCCUCUCUGACAUCAGCAAGAACAAGCUGCAGAAGAACCUGACGUGGGGCACUCCUGCUGUAAAGAGAGAGGAAUGCAGAUUCAAAGGAAAGAAUCUAGAGACUGAUUGCUUCAAUUACAUCAAAAUUCUUCUGCGGCUGAAUAGCACUCAUCUCUAUGUGUGCGGCACCUAUGCUUUCAGUCCAAUCUGCGCCUACAUAAACACGUCAACAUUCACACUGGAGAGAGAUGAAGUGGGUGAGGUUGUGAUGGAAGAUGGGCGCAGUCGGUGCCCCUUUAAUCCCGAGUACAAAUCCACGGCCAUCAUUGUCGAUGGUGAGUUGUACACCGGUACUGUGAGCAACUUUCAGGGGAAUGAACCAGUCAUAUACAAGAGUCUGGGUCAAGGAACUGCACUGAAGACAGAAAACUCUUUAAAAUGGCUGCAAGAUCCAGUCUUUGUCGGCUCGGCUUACAUCGAUGAGAGUCAGCCAAUAGGGAACCCCGUGGGAGAUGAUGACAAGAUUUACUUCUUCUUUAGCGAAGCGGGAAAGGAAUUCGACUUCUUUGACAACACCAUUGUGUCAAGGAUCGCUCGCGUGUGUAAGGGUGAUAAAGGAGGUGAGCGUGUACUACAGAAGAAAUGGACCACCUUCCUGAAGGCUCAGCUCCUGUGUUCCCUCCCUGAUGACGGCUUCCCCUUCAACAUUAUCCAGGACAUGUUUGUUCUGAAGCCCAUGGGAGACAGCUGGGAGAGCACCGUCUUUUACGGCGUCUUCACAUCCCAGUGGUAUAAAGGAGCAUCGGGCAGCUCAGCAGUGUGCGCCUUCACCAUGGCACAGGUGGAGAAAGCCUUCAGUGGGCGCUACAGAGAGGUCAACAGGGAGACACAGCAGUGGUACACGUACAAUCACCCUGUACCAGAGCCACGGCCCGGGGCGUGCGUGACCAACCAUGCCAGGCAAAUGGGCAUCCAGUCGUCUUUGCACAUGCCUGAUAAAGUGCUCAACUUUGUCAAGGACCAUUUCCUGAUGGACAGUGUGAUCCGCAGCACUCCCCUGCUGCUGAAACGCAGCGUGCGCUACACACAGAUCGCUGUGCACAAGAUCCAGGGCAUGGAGAGGGCCUACGAUGUGCUCUUCAUUGGAACAGAUGAUGGAAAGCUCCACAAGGCAAUCAAUGCCAAUGACAAGAUGCACAUCAUAGAGGAGAUGAUUCUGUUUCCUGACCCUCAGCCUGUGCAACACAUUGAACUUGAUCCUCAGAGGGGUUUGUUGUUUGUGUCGUCCUACUCUGGGCUGGUGGAGGUUCCCGUGGCUAACUGCUCUAACUACCUGAGCUGUGGGGAGUGUGUGUUGUCGAGAGACCCCUACUGUGCCUGGACCGGGCGGCUGUGUCAGGAUGUCAGGAUGGCUCCUCCUGACAGCCGCUGGCAGCAGGAUGUGGAAGAGGCUGAUACUUCGGCGAUUUGUAGGUUUCCCAGCCCCAGAUCUCCCAGACCAGCAGCUUCCCGUGGCUCCAGUUGCCAGCUCAUUACAAUCCCAGCCAAUACUUUCAGAGUCCUGCCCUGCAAACUGCGCUCCAACCUAGCACAGAGGAAGUGGCGAUACAGUGACAGCGCCAGCCAGUUCCUUUAUGCUACCCCUGAAGGCAACUUGGUUGUGGUAGCACAGGCUGACAAAAUGGAGACCUAUGAGUGUUGGUCUGAGGAGGAGAGCUUCCACCAGCUGUUGGCCAACUACUGCGUGAGAGCGGAGCCCCGCCAGGAAAGCACCACUAUGAUCGGUCACUCACGCACACCACACAUUGAGCGAGAGGAGACCAUCAUCCUGCCAGGCCAGUCGCGUUCUGAGCAGGUCCACACUAAGACGUACUGGAACGAGCUGAUUGUGGUGUGUGCCCUGCUUGCAUUCUCCCUCGUGGUGUUCUCCUUGUUUGUCAUCUACAGGAACCGCGAUCAUAUGAAGUCCAUGCUGAAGCAGGGUGAGUGCCCCAACAUGCAGCAGAAGAAGCCAAGGAUUGUGGGGAAGCCUGCCGAGAGCUUACCCCUUAACGGUAACACUAUCCCCGUUUCCACAUCUGAUCACAAGGGCUACCAGACAUUAAAUGACAACUAUAUCUGCAGCACGCCCACCCACGAGUCCUCUCCAGACAACAGCAAGAGCUUCUCUGAGUCGUCUGACAGGCGGCCACUUAACCUGAAGGAGAGCCACGUGGAAUACUCCCCCACCUGCCCUCGGCCCAGAGUGCGGUUAGGCUCAGAGAUCAAAGACUCAAUCGUAUGAAAGCACAGUAUUUGCUAAAUGAUGCCACCCUGUAUCUCCAUGAAAGAUACAGGCUAAACCCACCGAGCAAAGGAGAGGAGACCUUGUCAUCCUCCUACAUCACAGCACAUCUUUUGUUUUAGUCAUCUUUGUUCUGUGAUCAGUGCGGAGGUCUUUAUGUUUAACCAUUUCCACUCCAAAGCCAGAGGUUGGUCCGGUCUGCUGUGAGGGACAGGACGAGGAAGCAGCACAACACUUCGGUUUCAACCAGCUGCUAAAGAAUAGUUAUAUCAGUCUUUUUUGAGUCAUUCUCAUGGCCACUAACAGCAU